AUGGCCACCACAGCAUCCCUGCUCUCGGUGCCUCUAUCUGCAUCCUCGCUUCUCGCAAACAAGCAACUAGGCCGAAAUCAUAGCCUUCCCCUAGCGUUGCGAUCACCGGGACACGUGGCAGCUGCUGGUAGGGCUACGGCAGUGAGGUCGGUGUUGCUGGGCGUCGUCGUUGCGUCGUCGUGGGCGCGGCCUGGCAGCGCGCAGGCGAGCGGGGGAGGCGGAGAGGACGCGCCGAUGGCGGUAGCGAAGAGCGAGGAGGAAUGGCGAGCGAUCCUGUCGCCUGAGCAGUUCCGGAUUCUGAGGAUGAAAGGCACCGAGUACCCCGGUACAGGACAGUACAACAAGCACUACGACGAGGGGGUGUACAACUGUGGUGGCUGCGGCGCGCCCCUGUACAAGUCCACCACCAAGUUCAACUCCGGCUGCGGCUGGCCCGCUUUCUUCGACGGGCUGCCCGGAGCCAUCAAGAGAAACGUUGAUGCGGAUGGGCGGCGAGUGGAGAUUGUGUGUGCGGCAUGUGGGGGGCACCUGGGGCACGUGUUCAAGGGCGAGGGGUUCCCCACGCCCACGGAUGAGAGGCACUGCGUGAACAGCGUGUCACUGACUUUCACUCCAGCGGAUGAGUAA